GAGGCUUCUCGAUCGUUUUUAAUUACUUUGGAGCUACCAUUUGAAGAGUAGAUCACAACAAAUAUUCACAUGCUCCACUGCUCAAAAUCUGUCUUUUUUUCUAGUACCAGAUCAGCAUUACUCUUCACGUACGUGGGCUAGAGCUCCUCUCUCAGUCUCUCCAUUGCCGAAUGCCAAGCCAAUAUAUUAAACUGUACGAUUAAAGCUAUGCCUCAGAAAGUCUGAAGAUCUCUAUAUAAAUAGAGCACCAACCAAAUCACAAGCAGAAGCAGAAGCAAUACCGACCAACGUAUAACAAUCCUUGGUGAUCAUAUCAAAGAUGCUUCACAUUCUCUUCUUCCUUUCUCUUCUCUUCUACGCCUCUAAUGGCGCAGUACAGGACUUCUGCGUUGCAGACCUGACUGCUCCUGAAGGCCCGGCGGGCUACUCCUGCAAGAAACCGGCCAAAGUCACAGUCGACGACUUUGUGUUCUCUCUAGGCACUGUCGGCAACACUUCAAACAUCAUCAAAGCUGCUGUUACCCCAGCUUUCGCAACCCAAUUCCCAGGAGUUAACGGACUUGGGAUCUCCAUGGCUCGUUUAGACCUUGCGCCAGACGGGGUGGUUCCAAUGCAUACUCACCCUGGUGCUACAGAGGUCCUCAUCGUCGCCCAGGGGACCAUCUGCACCGGAUUCAUUUCUUCGGCCAAUUCUGUGUACCUGGCGACACUUAAGCAGGGAGAUAUAAUGGUUUACCCUCGAGGAUUGCUACACUUCCAGAUAAAUUCUGGCAAGACUCCUGCUUUGGCUUUCGUUAGCUUCAGUAGCGCCAAUCCCGGCCUCCAGAUCCUCGACUUCGCCUUGUUUGCCAACAACUUGCCUUCUGCACUGGUUGAGAAGACUACUUUUCUCGAUGAUGCUCAGGUGAAGAAGCUCAAGGCCGUACUUGGUGGUUCAGGCUAAGCUCGCUCGCCCAAAAUCCUUACUUGUUUGGUCUUCUACGUUAAUUUCUUUGUUGUCAUUGGCUCAUUAAUUUCUUUUUCCAAGGCUUUUUGUAAUGAACCGUUGCUUUAAUUUAUGGAAGUAUGAUCUUUCGUCUUUGCUCUGAUCCAUCAGAGACAAGAAAUUACGUGAUAGUUCUUUAA